AUGUCGAAUUCAGAAAUCUCGGGCCGUUGCGGGGUGGACACGGUGUUGUGUCGACAGAAGGGACAGAAGGAGCACACGUGCGUCCACUUCUCCCGGCUCACCGACUACGGCGGCAAGGGCAUCGACGAUCCGCAUCGUUGCUAUUUUAGACAGUGCCCGGGCGACGACCAAAUCUUUUGCAACUCGAUAUGCUACAAGAUUUCCGAGGUGAAAUCAGUCGACGUCAACGGGAAAUGUGAACUGCACAACCCGCCGACGAACGACUAUAUCGUGGUGCUCAUCUACGGGUUGGUCAUCAUCGUCGCCGUCUUGCUGGUCAUUGCCGCCACUACCGCUGCAGCCGACUCCGACAAGGCCCCAUUUCUGCCGACGACGCGUCCCGAAGCGAACAACCAGGCGCCAGAGGUU